AUGUCAACGAAUAGAAAGGUACAAAGUGAUAUCGAUAAAACUCUCAAAGUUAUGAACUCAGGGUUUGCAGAAUUUGAUGAGAUUCGAGAAAAACUAGACGAGACUGAAGGAGGGCAUCAACAUGAAAAAGUAGAAGCGGACCUUAAGAAGUCGUUAAAAAAAUUACAAAAGUGCAGAGAACAAAUUAAAGGAUGGUUACAAACUGAAAUUAAAAAUAAAAAUCAACUAACAGAAGCUAAGAAACAAAUUGAAGAAAGAAUGGAAGCAUUUAAAGAGAUAGAAAGAAUUAGUAAAAUUAAACCUUACUCAAUUGAAGGAUUAGCACGAGUAAGUGAUAGUGGGUCUGAUCAAGAACAAAGCUCGGAAGAAGAACAAACAUGGAUUGAACAAAUUAUUAAUAAUUUAGAGAGUCAAAUUGAAGAUUUAAAUAGAGAGAAAGAGCCACAAAAAAAGAAAAAACAGUCUCAACAAAAGAAAAAUCAAAUUCUUAAACAAAUUUCUAUGCUUCAAAACCAUAUUGAAAAUUUAAAUAUUAUUGAUAAGGCAUUAAAAUAUGGAUUUUUAGAUGAUGAAGAUGUAAAUGAGUUCCAAGAAGAAGUUGAGAUGACUGUUGAAAGUAAAAUAAUUACUAGUGACGAUAGUAUUGAAUUAUACAAACGGUUUGAUUUAGAAAGCUUAAAAAUGCAAAUCCAACAAGAAGAAUUAGAAGAAGAAGAACGUAGAAAUAAUGAAAUACAAAAAGAACAACCAGAAAAUGAUGAAAAUAAUAUUACUCAACAACACAAAACUAAACAACCUCAACUUUCAUUAAAAGAAGUUCAAUCGUCUCGGGCUACUCAAACAAAAAGUUCUCAACAAACUGUUAAAUCAUCAACGCAACAAAUCAAAACAAGUCCAAGUCUUGUUCAAAAACAACCUUCUCCUCAUCAAACAACAACUCAAUCACUAAAAGUUGAAAAUAAAAAUCAAACACUACAACGAACAAGUAAUACAACGACGAAACAAACAACAGAAUGUGUUUCACCAGUGGUUGAUGAAAAAACGUUACAAACUAUCAAAGACAUUGAAUUUUCAUAUAAUAGUAUGAUACAAUUUCAUCAUCAACAAUCUCCUAAAAGAAAACCAAGUAACUUAACGUUACCUAAAUGGUUCCCAACACAACCUAUUCCAUUUGAUUUUAAAUCAAAUAAAAUAGAAGAUGAAUUUCUUAUGUUUUUGUUUUAUUAUGCCCAGGGAACAGAGUUACAAUUACAGGCAGCUGAAAUGUUGAAACAAAGAAAAUGGAAGUAUCAUAAAGGAUAUCAAAAGUGGUUUAAAAAAUUAAAUGAUCCAAUUUAUACGUCGGAAGUUUCAGAAAAUGGAGAAUAUUGUUGUUUUGAAUAUGAGUCUUGGAAUACAGUUUCUAAGUCACAUUUUACAUUUUUUAACAAUUUUAUGGAGAAUUAA